GCUUUCUCUCCCCGGCUCGCUCGCGCUCCUCCUCUUCUCUCCCCCGGCUCCUCCCGCCGCUUCAUCCGGCCCUCCCGCCUUUCCAGUCGGGCCGGGCGGGGUGUGCACACUCGGCGGCUUUGGCUCUGGGACUGUGGUCACACCCUUUCCAGAACUUCUUGGCUGGUAAGCACGAAGCCGACUGGGAGCUAGAGGUCGGAGUACUAGAGAAAACCGCUCUAAUCUGACUUGCCUCUGCCUGGGAGCUGACGCUGCAAGGAAUAACCAACAUUUGCAAAGCACUCUCAACAGGCUCUGGAAUGACUCAUCUCAGAUUCCUCCAGAACUGAGCCCUUUGCUGGACCCAUGACCUGGCUGACCACAUUGAAGCAAGAUGCUCCAGCAGGUGAAUGGCCACAGUUCAGGUCCCAAUGCCCAUGGUGGAGAACUCAGAGAAGACUUGCAGGAGUUCCUGGGCCAGGACACCCCAUUGCACCUGCUGGAUGACCUCACCAAGGUGAAUCCUGUGACACUAGAGACAGUCCUGAGGUGUUUGCAGGCCCGGUACAUGGCAGACACAUUCUACACCAAUGCUGGCUGCACCCUGGUGGCUCUGAACCCCUUCAAGCCCGUCCCUCAGCUCUACUUGCCAGAGCUGAUGAAAGAGUACCAUGCUGCUCCUCAGCCCCAGAAACUGAAGCCCCACAUCUUCACCGUGGGUGAACAGACCUACAGAAAUGUCAAGAGCCUGAUCGAGCCAGUCAACCAAUCUAUUGUUGUCAGUGGAGAGAGUGGUGCUGGAAAGACAUGGACAUCCCGCUCCCUGAUGAAGUUCUAUGCUGUAGUGGCUGCCUCACCCACAUCCUGGGAGAGCCACAAGAUCGCAGAGAGGAUCGAGCAGCGAAUCUUGAACUCCAACCCUGUCAUGGAAGCUUUCGGGAAUGCGUGCACGCUGAGGAAUAACAACAGCAGUCGCUUUGGGAAGUUCAUCCAGCUCCAGCUGAACAGGGCCCAGCAGAUGACCGGAGCCGCAGUCCAGACCUACCUCCUGGAGAAAACUCGAGUGGCCUGCCAGGCGUCCAGUGAGAGGAACUUCCACAUCUUCUACCAGAUUUGCAAAGGAGCCAGCGUGGAGGAGAGGCUCCAGUGGCACCUCCCCGAGGGGGCCACCUUCUCCUGGCUGCCCAACCCAGAGAGGACCUUGGAAGAGGAUUGUUUCGAGGUGACCAGAGAGGCCAUGCUUCAUUUGGGCAUUGACACUCCCACCCAGAACAACAUCUUUAAGGUCCUAGCUGGACUGCUGCACCUCGGCAACGUCCGGUUUGCUGACUCUUCGGACGAAGCUCAGCCCUGCCAGCUGAUGGAUGAUGCCAAGUGUUCUGUCAGGACAUUGGCCUCACUGCUGUGGCUCCCAGAAGACCCACUGCUGGAAACACUGCAGAUUAGAACCAUCAGGGCAGGCAGGCAGCAGCAGGUGUUCCGGAAGCCCUGCUCCCAAGCUGAGUGUGACACCCGCAGAGACUGUCUGGCCAAACUGGUCUAUGCACGGCUGUUUGACUGGCUGGUAUCCGUGAUCAACAGCAGCAUCUGUGCAGAACCCAACUCCUGGACCACUUUCAUAGGCUUGCUAGAUGUGUAUGGAUUUGAGUCAUUUCCUGACAACAGCCUGGAACAGUUGUGCAUCAACUAUGCCAAUGAGAAGUUACAACAGCACUUCGUGGCUCACUACCUAAGGGCUCAGCAGGAGGAAUACACAGUUGAGGGCCUGGAGUGGUCAUUUGUCAACUACCAAGACAACCAGACCUGUCUGGAUCUCAUCGAGGGAAGCCCCAUCAGCAUCUGCUCCCUGAUAAAUGAGGGUUGUGGUGAGCCCCUCUCACUUUUGUGACUGAUUGCCCAUCCUGUCCUUAACCGGCCAAGCAGUGCAGCCCAGCUCCAGACACGCAUUGAGAGUGCCCUGGCAGGCAGCCCCUGCCUGGGCCACAACAAGCUCAGCCGGGAGCCCAGCUUCAUUGUGGUGCAUUAUGCGGGGCCUGUGCGGUACUACACCGCAGGCCUGGUAGAGAAGAACAAGGACCCCAUACCCCCUGAGCUGACCAGGCUCCUGCAGCAAUCCCAGGACCCCCUGCUCAAGGUGCUGUUUCCUACUGAAGAGAAGUCCCAAGAAGAGCCCUCUAGCCAGAGCAGGACCCCUGUAUUAACUGUGGUGUCCAAGUUCAAGGCCUCCCUGGAGCAGCUUCUGCAGGUCCUGCACGGCACCACGCCCCACUACAUUCGCUGCAUCAAGCCCAAUAGUCAGGGUCAGGCACAGACCUUCCUCCUGGAGGAGGUCCUGAGCCAGCUGGAGGCCUGUGGCCUCGUGGAGACCAUCCACAUCAGUGCCGCAGGCUUCCCCAUCCGCGUCUCUCAUCAGAACUUCGCAGAACGAUAUGGAUUACUGAGAAGGCUCCAUCCUCAUACAUCCCCUGGCCCCUACAGUCCAUUUCCUGAUGAAGGGCACUCAGGAUGGUCUCCACAUGCCAAGGAGGCUAUGCUGCAACCUCUACUCCAGGACAUCCUCCACACUCUGCCAGCUCUAACUCAGGCAGCCACACCUGGUGACCCAGCUGAGGCCAUGCCAGCUUCCGUGCACUGCGGCAAGACCAAGGUGUUCAUGACUGACUCCACGCUGGAGCUUCUGGAACGUGGGCGUGCCCAGGUGCUGGAGCAGUGUGCCCGCUGCAUCCAGGGUGGCUGGAGGCGAUAUCGGCACCGAAAGCAGGAGAGGCAGAGGCAGGCCGCCGUGCUCAUCCAGGCAGCCAUUCGUUCCUGGUUAACUCGGAGACACAUCCAGAGGCUGCACACAGCUGCCACAGUCAUCAAGCGUGCAUGGCAGAAGUGGAGAAUCAGAAUGGCCUUCCUUGCUUCUAAAGAACUGGAUGAUGUGGAAGAAAAACACUUGUUUCAAGCUCCCUGUUCCCUAAGCUCUUUCCCGCUGCCACAGGCACAGACACGGCUACUGGGGGCAAUAAUCCGCCUCUGGCCCCUGGGACUGGUCCUGGCCAAUGCAGCUAUGGGUGUACGUGGCUUUCAGAGAAAACUGGUAGUCUGGGCCUGCCUGCAGCUCCCCACCAGCAGCCCCAGUAGCUACACUAUCCAGACAAUACAAGAACAAGCUGGUGUCGCGUCCAUCCGAGCACUGCCUCAGGGCUCGAUAAAGUUUCACUGCAGAAAGUCUCCACUGCGCUAUGCUGACAUCUGCCCUGAACCUUCGUCCUACAGUGUUACUGGCUUUAAUCAGAUUCUGCUGGAAAGACACAGACUGGGCCACGUAUGAUCUCACCUUCUUCCCUUACGUUGGCUGGACGAUCCGUGCUGCCUUUGUUUCAACAAGGCCUUUUUCUGCCAGCUGCCUUGCCAAAGACAUUUAAUCAACACAGAGCUGCCAAACUACUCCCACAGCGACUCCAAGCACGCGUGAGAGCGACGGCUGCCUGCAAGCCAGAGCUGCAGCAGCAAAUCUACCAGUUGGCCUGGGGCUCCAGUCUCCAACUCAAGCACUGACAGGUGUCAGGGUUAGUAGUUACCAAACCAGGAUUAAGAAACAUCAGGGCCACAAAGAAGUUCACAUUUUAACAACUCCAAUCAAAUAGGUUGUUGUCCAUCACUACAGUGGGGCAACUCCCACCCCAAUUCCCCAGAGAGAAAGCCGGCAGUCAGCUUGAAAUCAGCUUUAAAUUUUUGGCUGGGGGAAACUUUGCAUCUAGUUCCUUGAAAAGGGACCAAAACCUUAGUUAUUUAAUGUUGAUUUAUUUAAUUUCAAGCAAUUAGAUUAUGAACCAAGGUUGAUGAACAAUGCAACAUACGACAGAACCACUGUAUCUUGAUUUCAUUUAGCAACAAUGCACAAGUUUUAAUUCACAUGAGCGUGAAACUUGAUAAAUUAUAUUUAUAUCUUAACUGUACCAAAAAUAAAAACCAUUUGAACGUCAAA